AUGAAGAUCAUCGUGACGGAUCAGAGGUUUUUUGAUUUGUUCAAAAAAUACGAUGGUUGCAGUAAAAAUGAAAUCAAAAUGAAGCGACCCACGCAGCUCAUGGAAGUGCUUGAAUUGGCGCGUGAAAUUCUUCACGAACAGCAAGAACAUCGUAAUGAGUUGUUGAAAGAAAUGGAGUUAUGCGAGGAGAAUGGUGGCAGUUCUUCGGAGCUGGAUCGAGAUUUGGAACGAUGCGAGGAAGCGAUCAAGAAAUGGGAUCAAGUUCGCACAGUACUUGAAAUGUAUGGCCAUUUUUCGGGCAUUAAUCGAAAAGUUCAGUUGAAAUAUUUGAAACCACGUGAAUUUAAAACAUCGGAUGGCGAGGAGGUACAUCAGCAAUCAGCACUGAUGCUCAUCUUGAAGUGGGGUGGCGAGCUGACUACUGCUGGACUUUGUAUCCGGGCAUUAGACGUGCUGAUGGUAAAAGUUACCCGGAAGAUACACAAGGGACUUUUGGCAUUGGAAGGGGAGCUUACCCCGAUUUUGAUGCAAAUGGUCAAGUCGGCAAACACGGAUGGCCUUCUGGAUGAUGAUAUCAAUGCACGAGAUUUUCAGCAUGAGCUUAAGUGCUAUCUUCAUUCAGCGUUGCAGGUUGAUCGUGAAUGGACGGCCGAAGAUCACGAAAAUCUCAAUCCGUCAGGGAUUCGUUCCAUGACAAAUGCAAUGGAAUUUAUCAAAAAUCCUCGAAAAAUGUGCGAAGAAAUUGCAAGUUAUGUGCAACGAAUGGUUGAAAUAAUUCAGUGGCAUAAGUGCAAUAAAGCAAGUCGCUGCUUGUAUCUGAACGAAUCGUAUGAUUUGGCCGAACGACGUUGGGCAAAAGAGUUGCAUGAAUUUCGUCGAGUGAACAAAAACGGCGAUGUGGAAUUUGAUAUUUCGAAAAUACCGGAUAUCUACGACAACAUAAAAUAUGACAUGGAACAUAAUCCAGACCUGUGCAUUAACAACGAAGUGGAAUUCGAAAGAAUGUAUCUUUGCGCCAAAAAUAUGGCCGAUAUUGUUGUACCACAGGUAAUUUAUGAACAACCAUUUGGGACUUUUAAAAGUCUGAAUUCUGUUCAAAUGAGGUGUUGGACUUUCUACCUUUUCUGA